CAGAGAGGAACACUAUGUAAUAGAGAAGGAGCCGCCAGGCGCGCACGUGACCAACCGCCUGCGAGCCCCGAAAAAAAGCAGGCUAAACACAGUGUUUCCAACGACCGAACUACUUCCAAUACCGACACAAUCACAAUGCAUUGGCCGGCAGUCGCUCGUUUGGUCCAACAUGGGAGUAUGGCUAUGGCCGAGUUGCCUCCGCCAUAUUUGGCGCCCUCUCUCCAUUUUACGAUGACCCGAUCCCCCGUUCAGACCUCGAGCUUCUCUACGACAUCCGCCGUCGCCGCUGGCCGUGGACGCGACAUGAACAGGACUCGCGGCGUGUCAGCAAUCCACCGGACGGGUACACGAUUCAAACUGAGCGCCUCAAAGUACCCAUUGCCCAAACCUGUGUCGGCCGACCAGAUGAAGGCGCGGCCUGCGACCCCCAACCACGGCCUCUGGGGUUUUUUCCCACCUUCACACGAGGCACUGAGCACCACUGAAUACGAUGCUGCUUUUGGACGCCCGUGGUCAGUGCAAGAGCUGCGAAACAAGAGCUGGGAUGACCUUCAUAAGCUGUGGUGGGUGUGCGUCAAGGAGCGCAACCGCAUCGCUACCUCAAACCUGGAGCGAUCACGACUGAAGGCUGGAUUUGGUGACCACGAGUCCAACCAGCGCGAUGAUGCGAUCGUUGUCACUCAGAAGACCAUCAAGCAUGUUCUCCGUGAGCGCUAUUAUGCCUGGGAAGAAGCCAACCGCCUUUACGCCAAGGGCUACCGCCCACAGGACCAAGACACCAUGGAGGAGGCUGCUACGGAAGAGCUGGCUCCCGCUGAGGACCCCUUUAAGGAGGAUGCUGUGAAGGAGACCAAGCUGUGACCGCGGUAGCCCUCGAAAAGAUUGGGUGAAAAGAAGGUCAUCAGCACAUAUAUUGUAGCAUUAGAUUCUUUGCUUUCGUAUUCUUUCUUCAGCUCUAUUGCGUGUAAAUUAUGAAUUGUUAUUUGUCUGGAAUAUCAACCCCAUGCCCCCCUAUUUUGCGGAG